CCCAGCGCCCCCACCUCCCUCCCCCACCCCGCGGCGCACGUCUCUCUCUCUCUCGGUUCGUAGUUGGUCCGUCUAGGGGUUGCUUGCCGCCGACGAGCCCCACGCCUGAGCGACGUCAGUUGCCCCACCACGCCGCCGCACCACCCAAGCUUCGGCCAGCCACACCACCGUGCCAGCCCCUCGCUGCUGUCACGUCGGUAAGCAUUCCGUUCGUCCCUCUAUCCCUCUGUUUCUCCUCUUCCCAACAGCACCUCUCACUCUCCCUCGGUCUCGUUGUCCAGCUGCCUCCACCGCCUCCCCAGAUUUCUUGUCGUAGUCUGUUAAAGACUAAAUUGAUUUAAAAGUAUUAGAACUGUUCGAAACUAAUUUGAUUAUUUAACUAUCAAGAUUAUAACAUUCCACUACGCUUUCUAAUCUGACGUCCUCAACAACUCACUCUAUUGACACCGAUGUAGUGGUAGCUCUUUCCCUUUCGGUGAUUUUACUCAUCUAUUAAUAUUUAAUGACUUAAUAUCAUGCUCAUACAUAGUAUUAAAAACAUUUUAAUCUAGUCUAUCAGUCACCCCUCCGUUACUUGCACUCACUCAUGAGGUGGAAUCUGGCUUUACUACCAAUUGUUAAAGAUCCAACGAUUGAUCCAAAAUUUAUAGGACUGUUAGAUACUAAUUUGAUUAAGUAUUUAACCCUAAGGAUCAUAACAUCGUCAAGCUCCUCUGGCUGAAAUUCUUUGGACGAUGGUAAGCAACUCUCUCCCUUCUUUUCUCCCUCUCUGUGUGUUUUCAUAUGCCCGAGAUUGACAUUGUUCAUGGAAUAACCAGUGAGCCGCUGCCACUCCACAUGCAACACCAUCAAUAACCACACUGCAGCCUCGUAGUUGGUGGAACCUGAAGUAUAUUGGAGAUGUCCAGAUUUCGAUCAUUGUGGCAAGCUUCUCUGAAUGCAACGAAGAGAGCUAUCGCGUGGAAUGCUGAAGACUUGAUGCCUCCUGCAGAAAGAUACAUAUUCACUUUUAAUUCGAAGGAAGAACUAAAAAGGUGGCAUCUGUAUUCGGAUUCUGAAUAUGGAGGCUUGUCCUCAGCGUCUUUGGAGAUCAAAGAAUCUGAAAAUGGACUCAGUGGGAUUUUCUCUGGGAACCUUUCCUCUGAUGUUACUGAGGGUUCAAAAUGGAAAAUUACUCGCAGUGGCUUCUGUGGAAUGCGGUCCAAAAAGUUUGAUGGCUUCAUUGAUUUGGAUGCAUAUGAUACAAUAGCGCUAAAGCUUAAAGGAGAUGGAAGAUGCUACAUAUCUACCAUCUAUACAGAAAAUUGGGUAAACUCACCUGGACAAGAGGAAGAUAACUCUUGGCAAUCUUUUGUUUUUGUACCCAAAGACAAUUGGUAUAUUGCAAAGAUUCCUCUUGCUCGAUAUCUGCCAACAUGGAGGGGCAAUGUUAUAGAUGCAAACUUGGAAAUGAAUCAAUCACGUAUACUUGGCAUGUCUCUAUCUGUUAAUGCUGAAGGCGGUGUUCCAGGUGCUAGAUCAGGACCGGGUGAUUUCCGUGUUGAAAUUGAUUGGAUCAAGGCCUUAAGAUCAACACAAUAAGUUCUUGUAGACUCAUUUGUAGAGGGGGAGUUGGAUGUAUAACGGCUAUGAUUUUGUGUUAUAGCGACAAAUGUAUCUCCACUAUUAAAAGCUUUUAUCAAGCGCCAAAGGACUUUUUCAUGAGUA